CUUCCCGUCCCUCAUCAUCUCAUUCUAUCCAACACAAACGGCAUCGCGUCUAUUCGUCUUUCGCUUUCUCAAAAGAAAAAAGAAAACAAUGGCUCCCCAGAGCUCGGCAUCAGCAAUUCCGGAAGAACUAUUGGUCCACAUCUUUCUCGACCUCGACAUCGCCUCCCUCGUCACCUGCAAACGAGUAUGCAAACAAUUCGCCGAUAUUAUACUCCGGAGCGCCCUCGUCCAAUACCAUAUUGAGCUCGCCGCCAAUUGCAUGCAGGACGGCCCUGAUGCCGGACCCAGCACUGACCCCGCCACUCGUCUCGCCGCUAUCAGAAAACACCGCCGCGCGUGGAAUACGCUCGCCUGGCGCGCACCGGAGGUGGUGCCCUCCAGCCUUGACGGUACCACGUGGGAGCUCGUCGGCGGUGUCGUAUGCGCGGGCAGCCUCACCGCUGUCGCGUUCACCCAACUGCCCAGCCCACUCAGGGGGAUCGAGAGGAAAGAGUGGAGCGUCGCGCUGGCCCCGCUCAAGGUGCGCGAUUUCACGGUGGAUCCAUCGCAGGAUCUUUUGGUGGUUGUGGAUGAUCAGGAGCAAAUGUACGUCCUUCAAUGCCCGGUGAAAGUACAUCUACGUACGAUGUCGACGGGUGCCCCACAUCCAGGCGCACACGACGUAGCGAUUCCGCUCCCACACCUCACCAUUGGCGAGCGCGAGUACCACUUCACACUCCAGAUCUCCGGCUCUCGCUUGGGGCUCAUGGUCGAAGACCUCAACCGGGAGAUGAAGCCUGACAUCCUCAUCUGGGACUGGCCCUCUGGCCAACUCGAAGGCGAGCUGAGAAACGGCCUCGCCGAGACGUUCCUACUCCUGCCCGACAACCUCUGCCUCCUCGGCACGACCGACGAGGACGAGGACGGCAUGCAAAGCGUGCAGCUCAAAGUUUGGGACCUCGCCGUUAACUCCGGCAAGAUCUUCUCUGGCCCUUCCAAUGACGAAGAUGACUCUGACUCUGACGAAUACGAUGACGUUGACGUUCCCAACGUCCAGAUCACGUUUGGUCAGGACGAGGAGGGGUUAAACACCUUCACCGUCACCGAUCACCACACGCGAACCAUCACCGUUGUCCACUCCGAUGCCGGCUCUGCCGCAGGCGCCGAGGGCUCUGCUUCCGCUUCCUCAUCCUCGGCUUCCGCGACUCCCUCCAUCUCUGCCGCCGAUGCCCCCUCAACCUCUGCCGAUCCGUCUACCUCUGUUGAUCCGUCUACCUCUGGCGCUGCCUCUACCUCCGCUGCUCCCUCAGCCUCCAGCCCCACACCCUCCCCCGACACCCUCCCCUACCUCAUCUCCCUGCACUACCCGACCCUCCAAUCCCGCGCCCACGUCGAAUCCAUCCUCAUCCGCGCCGAGCCCGCGCCGGAGUACCUCCCGCCCCCCUCGCACCGCGCACCGUUCGCGCUCGCGCCUGAGGCGCGCUUGUACGUGGUGUCGCUCGGCGUGCGGCUGAACGGGAACCACGACGCGGAGACGACGGUGCUGCUGCUCCCGCUGUGGACUAUCAUGCACUUCGCGCGCCGCGCGCGGGCGGAGGGCAGGACGGGUGUGGAUGUGCCGUGGUCCGUUUGGGGCGGGGCAGAUUCACCCGAGAAUGCCAGUGGGAGUGGGAGUGGGAGUAGGAAGGAGAACACGGAUGCGGCGGGCCUCAAAGUCGGCGCGCGCAUGCUCGCUCUCCGCGCGCCGUCCGAGGUCUGGGU